AUUCUUUUCUACGAUCUCUUCUCAUCUUCUCCCACUCAUUCAUCAUCAUUCAUCAUCAACUUACUGACCAUCAUUAUGAACGUCAUUCGCUUCUAUCAACGUCGCUCUCCGAGUUUCUACGGUGCUCUCUCAUCGAGAAUGCUUGGGAUUCCCCGGCAUGGCCACCAAUUCCAUGCGAGCCACAAACGAGGACCCUUUACCCAAAACAUUCCUCCUACGUCUCCGGGGCGCCCGAGGUUCACCCGGUUCACAAAAGUUGCCUUUCUCCUAGGACUCAUCGGUGCAGGCUCAAUUGCAUAUACUAAGUCUCAAAAGCCACCCCCGGGAGGAUCGAGUGGUGCAGUGCCGCCGCCUGCAAAUAAGACAAAUGUCCCAAGCAGUCCUCCACCAGUUCAACUCGUUGAUCCCAGAGCCAAAGAGAGAAUCAGCAUACAUCGAUCCUUGAGACAGGCACGAUCGGCCAAAGAAAAAGCCCCAUUGGUGCCUCCAAACGAUUCGAUAAAACCCGGCAAUACUGAGCCUAAAGAGAAACCUGUGCAGUGAAAUGGAUCUGCCAGGUGAUUGGCAUUUUGGUAUAGUUGUGACGGGCACGACCAGGGAUGAUAUUAUCUUUCAGUUAUUUUCUUCGGGGACUGUCCAAUUCGUGAGACGGAGUUAUUGAUUGAAUGUUCUUCCUUCUUUUUCUUUUCUUUUUUGUUACCUUUUCGACACGCUCUUUGAACAACACUGUCAACUGCAU